AUGGUUGCCGCUAGUGCUUCAAGAGGUUUCAUGAGAAAUUGGUACCGACUCGAAAUUCUUCCUAUCUACGUUGUAACCGGUUUUGCAGUCGUAGGUGGUAGUUGGUACCUUACUCGUCUUGCUAGAGGACCUGAUGUUGUGUGGGACAAGAACACAAGUAAAACUUAUGUCAGUAAAUCAGAAGUUCGACAAGACAAACAAAAAAAGCCAAUGGAUGCUUAUUCAUUGAAGCAAAUUGCCAACUCUGUUGUAUACAUAUUUUUUUCUACUCAUUUCCUAAUCAUUACUCGAACACAAAUACCAUUUGUACAUAUAGAUAUGUUCGAGAUAGAUUUUAAACUUAGAAUUGGCACGAAAUGA